AAAGGGAAUGCGUCGAGUGCGAGUCUGCCUUAUAUCAAGUGUUGUACUGUGUAUCUUAGAGCGGGACCACAGCCUUCUAUCGCUUCGCAGCAAAGUCGGAUGGACAUCUAUUGUUCACUAGAUGCUCGCGGAUGCUCGGACCGGUGAUGGAUAAGUAUCGUCCCGCUCCCCACAGAGCAGAUAACCGAUACAUUGUAUGUAGGACGCGUAAAGUCAAGAUGUUGAAGGGACUUGAAAGUGCCCUGGGCCUGGCUGCCAGUUGGACAUGUGCUUUCCAGACAAUUAUGUACAUUCUGGAUUUGGGAGAAACCAAUAAAACAAGACCCAAGAGCCGACAACAGCCACCAACGAUGGCCAUCGACUGGUGAUCAACGCGCGCCAACCCAGAAAAUCUCCCCUUGACUGUGCAGGCUCAUCAAGUCACUCAAGCUACAAUGGAGAUAUCAAUUGUUGUAUUAAUAGGUAUCUUUUGUGGGACUCCCUUCGUGAUAUCCUCUGUCUACUACAAUAAUGGCAUCCUACCCUCGAAAAGGCGUGAAUUUGCCAAAAAAGAUAAAACCUCCCUGGAGGGCCCCCAAGUAUGACCCCCCGAAUCCGAGGGCUUGUCAGGCUCCUGGAGCACAUAUGCUUAUCCCUGAAUAUGUAACACUUUAUAACUAACACUCUGCAAUGCUGCAGGCUGUCAAAAUCUUGAAUGAUAGCUUUGACUCAAGCUUAACUCUUGAAGUUUCGAUGAUGGCCGUGUAACUGUACUCUUUAUUAUAAGUCCGUCGCAUGCACAUGUAACAUUAGAG